AUGACAAGGCUUUAAGAAUAAAUGGAUACAGUCGAGAAAAGAAUCAAAAAGGUUGAGGCAGAUAUGAAGAGACUCCUUGCAGAGGCACUUUAAAAGAAGAAAUAGAAUGAUAAUAGAGGGGCCAUAUUUGCAUUGAAAAGAAAGAAGCUACUUGAAAAGGAAAUAGCAAAACUUGAUGGGUAAAUGACUCUUUUGGAAUCUUAAAGAAUGAUGAUUGAGACAAGUGUCAGUGAUACAUAAGUAUUCCAGACUUUGAUCAAAGGCACUACCAUGAUCGAACAUAUAUCCAAAUAAGUCAGCAUUGAUAAACUAGAAGAUAUCAAAGACAAAUUAGAUGAGUAGCAAUAAGAUAUGGAGGAAGUAUAGGACUUCUUUAUAAAAUCUAGUCAAGUUGAGAACGAAGAUGAACUUUUAGAUGAGCUGAAUGAGCUAGAAGCCUUUCAAGCAUAGGAGGAACUUGAUUAGAUUGAUAUCGGUAAAAGACCAAUUUUAGUAGGACCUAGUGCUGAAGAUCAAGGAAAAUCUAAAAAAAUAUCAAGUUAAAAUAUCAGUGAUUAGGAAUUAGAUGAUGAACUAAAAGAACUCGAGAGAUUAAUGGCUUGA